CAAUUAAUUAACGAGUGUGUCCCGGAGGUAACGGACUGGCCCUGCCUGCAGAGCUGCAGGUUGGGCAUGCCAGUGAAUUAUGGACUUAAAGACAAUCAUUCACAGAAUAAAUUCAGCAGCUCGCUAGGCUGGCUCAAUGCCAAGGCACAGUCUUGUUAAAUCUCAUUACUGGAAACAAAACUCAACUAUUUAUAUGUUGAUAUUUAUGUGUUUUCAACAGGAUUUUUAUCCCAGGCUAAAAAUCCUGUUGGUUUGCUUUUGCCACUUUGUUCUUGUUCGUGUCCUCUCCUGAUUAGCCUGGCAGGAUGUUAUCUGGAACACCCGGGAGGUAAAGUCCUGGAACAGCCUAUGGUUGUGUUUUCCUGCUCUCUGAACACAAGUACACCUUUUCUCGGGACAAAGUGGGGAAAUAAGGCUGCUAAAUCAGGGAGUGGGUUUUUGGAAGAGAGUAGCUUUAACCCAGAUUACCACUUUAAUCCCUAUCACUGCCCAAGGGUUGCUGGCAGGGAUGGGAAAGGGACUGGGAAAAGUUGAUGCCAUCUGAAGUUAUACCCAAAAUUGUGAGAGGAAGAGGCAAAACCAACACUCCUAACCUUGAUCUGUGGCUUGCAAAGGGCAAAAAACCUUGCAAUCCUCCCAAUUCCCCACAGAAAUAGUUCCUCUCACCUGAAUUCCUUUAUCUGGAUCCCUGCACCACCUCUCUUCUUGCCCCCUCUUACAUGAAAUACCACGCUGCCCUUGGAGAUGCUCACAGAGAUAAACAGAAAUCCAUCAAUUGCUGUGUCAUACCACAUGUGAUGUUUUUAUAUGGUUUGUCUCCAUUAAAUUUAAAUAAUAUUAAUUGCUAAUUGAUUUCUGUGUUUCGAUUCCUCACUGACAAUUAAUGUCAAAACAAUUCCCAUUUUCCUCAUUGACAGGAAUUGCAGCUGAGAAAGUGUAUUAGGGAGUCUGCACAGCUGAGGUGGUGAAAAUGGCUGCAGAAGAGAAGUGGAAAGGUUGGAUUUCAAAACAGCAUAAGGAGGCUGAGCAGGCAGGGGAGAAGGAGCCAUGUGUGCUCCUGGGUCAGCAGCUGGGAGAGCUGGGAAGAUUUGCCUAUGCAGCACUUUGUGGUGUAUCUCUUGCCUGGCUGUUCCCUGAAAACGAGCAAAGUUCCUUCAGGACAGAAUUUAUUGAGGGCUUUGUGAAAUGGCUGGACCUGCCCGACGCUGUCCUACCUGCCAUGACAGCCUUUGCUGGUGGCUUAGGAGGUGAGGGCACAGAAUCUUUCACUGAGAUUUUGCUGAAAGACCCCAUCUUGGAAGAAAAUCCAGCUGUCAUUACCCAGGACCUUUUAUCUUUCUCUCUUCGAGAUGGGUACUACGAUGCUCGAGCCAGGGUAUUGAUAUGCCACAUCAACCUGCUGCUGAGAAUCCCCUUGGAGGAGCUGGAAGUCCUGGAGGAAUCUCUGCUUGAGAGCCUGAAGGAACAAAAAGAGGAAGAGUCAGAAACCACAGAAGUCUCAAGAAAAAAGAAGGAAAGAAGGAAAAAGCUGAAGAGGUACCUGCUGAUUGGUCUGGCAACCAUUGGUGGUGGAACAGUGAUAGGUUUGACAGGGGGUCUGGCUGCCCCUCUGGUUGCUGCGGGAGCUGCCACAAUCAUUGGGAGUGCUGGAGCAGCUGCUUUGGGAUCGACUGCUGGGAUUGCUGUCAUGGCAUCCCUUUUUGGAGCAGCAGGAGCUGGUCUUACUGGAUACAAGAUGAAGAAACGUGUGGGAGCCAUAGAAGAGUUUGAAUUCCUCCCACUUACUGAAGGGAAGCAGCUUCAUAUCACCAUAGCAAUUACUGGAUGGCUGUGUGCUGGCAAAUAUGGGAGCUUCACAGCACCAUGGAGCAGCAUGUUGCAGUCGAGUGAGCAGUACUGCCUGGCCUGGGAAUCCAAGUACUUGAUGGAGCUUGGCAAUGCCUUGGAUUCCCUGCUGAAUGGUUUUGUGAACAUGAUGGCUCAAGAAGCCCUAAAAUUCACUGUCUUGUCAGGGAUUGUGACGGCCUUGACGUGGCCAACUUCGCUCCUGACUGUUGCCAGUGUCAUUGACAACCCCUGGGGAGUGUGUCUGCACCGGUCUGCUGAAGUAGGCAAACACCUUGCACAUAUCAUGCUCAGUCGACAGCAGGGGAAGAGACCUGUCACACUGAUUGGCUUCAGUCUGGGUGCAAGAGUCAUUUACUUCUGCCUGCAGGAAAUGGCUCAAGAGAAAGACUCCCAGGGGAUCAUUGAAGAUGUCAUUUUACUGGGAGCUCCAGUGGAAGGAGAAGCCAAGCACUGGAAAGCUCUCACCAAAGUGGUGUCGGCCAGGAUCAUAAAUGGUUACUGCAGAGGGGAUUGGCUGCUGAGCUUUGUGUACAGAGCCUCCUCUGUCCAGCUCAACGUCGCAGGACUCCAGCCAGUUGACCUGGAUGACAGGAGGAUGGUAAACAUCGACCUUUCCUCUGUAGUAAACGGUCACCUGGACUACAUGAAGCAGAUGGACACGAUCCUAAAAGCUGUGGGCAUUAAAACCAAGGAACACCAGCCAGUAGAGAAGGGCAGUGGCAGUCUUUUCCCCCCUCUAGCCAAGAAAUCCCUGCGGGAAGCAGGCAGCGAGGGUCAGGGAGAGGAAAACACCAGGAAAGAGGAGGAUGAGGCUGGGGGUGAGGCUCUCCCAGCCAGCUGUGCUCACUGACGGGAUUCCUUCAGCUCUCUCCUGGGAGAACCCUCUCUGCCCUGCCUGAACUGCUCCCACAGCAGGGACAACAAGGACCAGGCAGCAGAAGAAGGAGCAAGUUAGAGCAGAGCUGCUUAGCCAGCACUAAAACCGCUGUCACAGCACCAGCUGUGACACUGGGAUUCCCCAGGGACAGAGCCGGCAGAGCUGGAGCUGCAGUUUCCAGCCCCUCAAGUGAGCCUGGAGGAUGGCACUGGUUUGGCACUAGAUCAAAGCAUUCAGAGCAGCUGCCAACGGCGGCUCCCAUGGACGAAAGAGGGACGGUUCCUGCCUGUAUCUGCACUGCUCCUCAGGAAUCCGGGGCAGAUCCCCAUCCAAAUCCUUGCAGGAAGCAGCUGUUCCCCCUCAGCACUGCGUCUCUAUAACUGAAAAGCAAAUGGCUCUGAGGGGAUUUUAAACAUAUCAGAGAGGGGGGCUCAUCACUAGGAAAUUAAAAGCGUUUUUCCACUGGAGAUUGGUUUGGUUUGUGGAUUUCAGGCGUGUUGAGGGCUCUGCCUGCCCCACUUCGAGCAGAUCAGUGUCCACACUUCAGCUAUGCUGGCUGGAGAGGAGAAAGGCUCAGGUUGCCAAGGCACUUUCCAAUCUCCAAGACUGUUUUCCUGUCUCCAGGUUGAUGGCAAUGAGUGUUGGAGGGCCCACUCCUGUUAGAAACAUGUUUGGGACCCUGGGUGACAGCAGCAGGAAAACUGAUGGCUUAUGAAACUUCCAGGCUCUCCAAGCCCAGCAACCCACUGACUCUUUCCUUUUGAGUCACACACACAUCUCCAGCCUUAAAAGCCCCCUUUAUUUUUAAUUGGCUUAAAAUAAAACCCAUACUUGGCAUAGGAUAAA